AUGCCUGGCUUGACCUCAGCGUCUGGAGUGCUGGGUUUCCUGUCCGACGAGGAACCCGAGCUCAAGGUCUUCGCGCUGCAGACUCUGAACGACGAUAUUGACACACUAUGGACUGAAGUUGCAGGCUCUGUUGGCCAGAUCGAGGCACUGUAUGAAGAUGAGACUUUCCCCGAGCGACAACUAGCAUCUCUGGUGCUGGCGAAGGUCUACUACCAUCUGCAGGAAUACAAUGAGAGUAUGACCUUUGCUCUCGGUGCCGGUGACCUGUUCGAGCUCGACAACCAUGGCGAAUUCGAAGAAACCAUUAUUUCAAAGUGUGUCGACACCUACAUCAGCUUAUCCGCUGCUCGCCACCCAGGCCAACAGGAGAAGCCCCAAACUGCUUCCCUCCCAACUCUGGCGACCUCUUUUGCGAAUGGAACGGCUGACGCCAAUGCGACUGCGGCUCUCACCUCGCCCACAACCCCUUUCUCCCAGUCCACCCUCCCUUCCAAAUCUCUCCUCUCUAGAGCCUCCAUGAACGCCGUGUUAGAACCUCCCGCACAUGAAGGAAAGGCAGGAUCAGGCGCGGUUCCAGACCGGGCUACUCAGGCAGCUUUGGACAAGGUCACCGAGAGUCUGUUUGAGGGUUGUUUACGGGAAGGUAGAUAUAGGCAGGUGGUUGGAAUCGCUAUCGAGGCACGAAACUUGAAGGUGCUUCGUCGGGUGAUCCAACGCGCGAGCGACGACGAAAAGAACUCAGGUGGGAAGUCUGCGGAGGGCGCGAUAGGGCCGGCCGAAGAGUUGAUGGAAUACGUCCUAGAUAUCUGCAUGGGCAUUGUUCAAGAGCGAGGACUUCGGACAGAGAUAUUAAGGUUAAUUCUGGAUCUUCUCUCGGAGAUUCCAACGCCUGAUUAUUUUGCCAUUGCCAAAUGCGUUGUUUACCUGAAUCUCGACGAGGAGGCGACAAUGAUGCUAAGAAAGCUAGCGGUGACCAACGAUCAGAAAUCGACAGCGAUCGCAUACCAAAUAGCUUUUGAUUUGUACGACAAUGGCACUCAGGAGUUUCUGGCCAAGGUUAUUAAGUCGCUGCCUAAGAAGCCAGAAGCACCGUCUGAAGACAAAGCGGAUCCUACUGAAACAGAUCAAUUGUUGGGAGGCGUAGACGAGGAGCUUGAUGCCUUGAACUCCGAAUUCUCGGAUAAGCAGCUCGAAAUCUUCGAUCGGAUACGCAAAAUUCUUGAUGGAAGUGAGACGAUAAAGCUGAACCUCGAGUUCCUCUACCGAAACAACCACACUGAUCUCAGCAUACUCAACAAGGUCAAGGACAGUCUAGAGGGGCGGAACUCAAUUUUCCAUACGGCGGUCACGUUUUGCAAUGCUUUCAUGAACCAAGGCACCACCAAUGAUAAAUUCUUCCGUGAUAACCUUGAGUGGCUCGGGAAGGCUGUAAAUUGGUCCAAGUUCUCAGCAACUGCGGCUCUUGGUGUCAUACACCGUGGAAACCUGACGCAAUGUCGCAAGCUUUUGGAGCCUUAUUUACCAAGGAGGUCGGCACUUGGGGGCUCAAUCUUUAGCCAAGGUGGCGCACUUUACGCUUACGGCUUGAUCUACGCCAACCAUGGAGCCGAUGCGCUCGAAUACCUGAAGGAGCAAUUUAAUGAGGCCCAGGAGGAGGUCAUCCAGCAUGGUGGUGCUCUAGGCCUUGGCAUUGCUGGCAUGGCGACCGGAUCCGAGCAGAUUUAUGAGAGCCUCAAGAAUGUGCUUUACACCGACUCUGCUCUCAAUGGUGAAGCAGUUGGGCUCGCAAUGGGUCUCAUUAUGCUGGGGACUGGUAAUACGAAGGCUUUGGAGGACAUGAUAACCUACGCUCAUGAGACACAACACGAAAAGAUUGUUCGAGGUCUUGCUGUGGGUAUGGCUUUGAUCAUGUACAGUCGACAGGAAGGGGCCGACGAGCUCAUUGAGGGUCUACUGAACGAUCCUGACCCAACUCUGCGAUAUGGGGGUAUCAUGACUGUUGCGUUGGCAUACUGUGGCACUGGCAGCAACAAAGCUGUACGGAAGCUACUCCAUGUUGCCGUUAGCGAUGUUAAUGAUGACGUCCGCCGGAUCGCUGUCAUGAGCUUGGGAUUCAUCUUGUUCCGGAAGCCUGGUAGCGUGCCCCGCAUGGUCGAGCUUUUGUCCGAGUCCUACAACCCACAUGUGCGAUACGGAGCAGCUAUGGCUCUGGGUAUAUCUUGUGCAGGUACUGGUUUGGAUGAGGCGAUCGACUUGCUCGAGCCUAUGGUCAAGGAUCCCACGGACUUCGUACGACAGGGUGCCUUGAUUUCACUUGCUAUGAUCAUGGUGCAGCAGAACGAGACCAUGAACCCCAAGGUUGCUGCUAUCCGCAAGACCUUGAAGAAGAUCGUAGGUGAUCGCCACGAAGAUGCGAUGACCAAAUUUGGAUGUGCUUUGGCACUCGGCAUCAUCGACGCUGGAGGACGGAACUGCACCAUCGGCUUGCAGACCCAGACUGGAAACCUCAACAUGGCCGGUAUUGUCGGGAUGGCCGUUUUUAUCCAAUACUGGUACUGGUUCCCAUUCACCCACUUCCUGUCAUUGAGUUUCACCCCUACCUCCAUGAUCGGGCUCGAUCAUGACCUGGACAUUCCAAGUUUCAAGUUCCACAGCGCUACACGCCCAAGUCUCUUCGAGUAUCCUCCUGAACAGGAGGUAAAGACUGAUGAGGCGCCAACUUUGAUCGCCACAGCCGUGCUUUCAACCACCGCUCAAGCCAAGCGCCGAGCCCAAAAGAAGGAGCGCGCCCAACGCCGCGAAAGCAUGGAUAUUGAUCAAACACCGACAACCCCGAAGAUAAAUGCUCCGGUUGGGGACAAGAUGGAAGUGGAUGACGAAUCCAAGGACAAGGAAGAAAAGCCGGAGGAGAAAAAGGAAGAUGCCGACGGCGAGAAGGAAACGUCUCCAGCCGAAGCCGCAAAGAAGAAACUCGAGAAGGAAAAGGUUGGCUACGAGAUCGAGAACAUGUCUAGGGUCCUGCCGGCCCAGCUCAAGUUCAUCAGCUUCCCUGCUGGUCGUUACAAGCCUGUCAAGAAACCCACAGGAGGCGUCAUCCUGCUCGUCGACACCGAACCAGAGGAAGAAAAGGUCCUAAUCGAAGAGAAGCUGAAGAAAGCUUCAACUGAGAAGGCCGCUGCGCCGACAACGCUGGAGGAUAUGCGCAAUGAGUCAUUCAAUCUUCGUCGUCACGCUGAUGCUCAAGGUGAAGCAUCUGGAGCCGGCGCUGCUGCUGCCGCCGGUGUCCUGACUGCUGUCGACGAGGAUGAGGAGGGUGCUGAGGAGGCCGAAUGCCCACGGGAAUUCGAAUACUUCUCCGACAAUGAGGAAGAGUCUUAA